UAAUAUUAUAACAUGUCUAGUUGUAAUAAUGUUAAGAUACUUUAUAUUAUUUCAAUGUUUUCAAAUAAUCAUUUGCAUACUGUAUCCACUAGUUGAUCCAAAUCGGUUGUAUGAUUACAAUCCUCCCGAAAAUGAAGUUACAUUUCACUUAUAUGAUAGGAAGAAUUUCUCAAAAAAUUAUGAAAUCUUUAUUGGCAAUUCCACUUCGUUUGAGCAAACCCAAUUUAAUACAGAUGAGCCAACAAUAAUUAUUAUUCAUGGAUGGACACAUGGAAACGAUACACCAUGGGUUCGUGAGCUGGCAGAAGUUUUAGCCGGUACUAAUUUCUGGAACGUCCUCGUUGUGAAUUGGUCUAAGCUUUCACGUGUUACAUAUGUUGAGGCGAGACUUCACAAUACAGUUGUAGCGAAACAAGUGAAGAAACUUAUGAUAUUUUUGGCGGAGACUAAAUAUUAUUCUAUGUCAAGCGUACAUAUCGUUGGUCACAGUAUGGGUGCUCAAAUAGGGGCUAAUGCUGCUCAACGUAUUCAUAUUGAAAUAGGAGAAAAAAUUGGUAGAAUAACAGGGUUGGAUCCUGCUGCUCCUCUUUAUGAGUUUCCUCACAUCGAAUCCUUAGAUGAAGUAUUAGAUCCUUCAGAUGCCUCAUUUGUUGACGCAAUUCAUACAAACGCAAAACAUAUUGGAAUGAUUACACCAGCGGGUCACGUCGAUUACUACGUUAAUGGAGGUCAGCAACAAUGGGGAUGCAAUACGUGGAGAUGCAGCCACAUACGAGCAUGUGAACUCUUCAUUGCUUCGAUUAGAAAACCUGAUCUAUUCAAGGCGUUCUCGUAUGACUCAUGGGUGAAAUUUAAUGAUAAAAUAACGAAUUCUUUGGAAGUAUAUCCCAUGGGAAUAGCAGCCAGUCCCAAAAUUCCAUUUGGAAUAUAUUUUUUGGAAGUUAAAGAUGAAUAUACGAAAUAUGUGUCUAGUAAAACAAGUUUAAUGGAUAGUUACGGGUCAUAUUUUGGAGAAAUGCAAUUAUUAAAUCUUUUUUAGUACUAGAUAUUUAAUUUUGACAAUCAAUGUUGUAAUUUUUUCCCUUUUUUAGACACUUGAGGAAUAAUAAAUAAUUUUA